AUGUUUGACUUAGAGCUUGUUCGAGAAGAAGUAAACUGGUUGCCAGUUGAUGUCGCUGAGCUGGUAGUUCCUGUCACUGAUGCAACUGGAGUCUCGGUGCUCGUGGUUUCUGACCCGCUAGACGUUGUACCACUAGUGGCACUGGAAGGCGAGGCCGACCCUCCAGCCGUGGUAGAAUCGGAGGAUGACACCAAGUCAACAGCGCUUGAGCUGGAUGUGCUAGGCGACUCGGUGGAAGCAGUGGCCGAUGUUGCAGCAGUAGCAGAAGUUGUGCAAGAUAGACUUGUGGAAAUAGAAGCCGUUGUUACUGUCGUCGAGCUUGCCAUAGUAGAUUGGGGGCUGCUUGUCUGGUUUACGUCCUGUCCCGCGCAUGACUGA